AUGAAGUUGCGAAGAUCUUUAGUAUCAACUUACCUGUCACCAUCACCUCUAGAAGCUUCUGAAUUAUUGAGUCUUAAGAGAAAUUUCUCCGAAUUCGAGUUGUUUUCAUUCCAUAUCCGUAGUGCGAUUGACGAUCAUGUGAGAGUGAAGGAAGGAUCACUUCCAUUGAAUCCGUAUGACUUCAAGAACUAUGGGUACCCACAUUCUUUGAAUAAUAUCUAUAUGUUUCAUUUGUCUUUAACAAUUUUGGCGGGGAUCCUCGAGGAGUGCAUGGACUCUUUAGAGGUAGCUAUUUCGGACGCAGGAUACAAUUUGGAAUUUAAUAUUGGGUGGUCGUACCUGCUUUCAAUUCUGAAAGAGUUGAACAACAUAGCAAAGCUUUACGAUAAUGGGGAAAAGCUUCUUUCUUUGGCAUUUCGACAAUUUCCCCUUGCGAUGAGCUAUCUUAUUUGGCACUUAAAGAAGGGUGAUGAUCAUCUAUGGCUUCUCAAGUAUGACUCUGCAAUAGAUUUUGAAUCAAGAAGACAUCUGAUGCGGAUGAUGCUUCCUGAGUUAGAAGACGAUGGCAGAGAGCUGCACAAAAUCCUCAUUGACAGGUCCCAUUUGCUGAAAGAAUCAUUUGAGCACAUUAUUCUCGUAAAAGCCGGGUCCUUACAUAAUGGCCUCUCUGUGGAAUUCAAAGACGAGGUAGCUACAGGUCAUGGUGUCAUGCGGGAGUGGCUUUUCUUGGUAUGCCAAGCUCUCUUUGGUCCAGAAUAUUCUCUUUUUGUAGAAUACCCCGAGGAUCGUUGCAGAUUCUUUCCCAACCCAGCACAAGUCAAACCGAGACGACUUAAAUAUUUUGCCUUCUGUGGUCAAGUUAUUGCUUUAGCAUUGAUGCAUGAAGUAAACGUUGGGAUUGCAUUUGAUCGGGUAUUUUUCUUGCACUUGGCAGAGGGGAAAAUAUCCCUGGAAGACAUACGAUGUGCAGAUCCAAUCAUGUAUAGGAGUUGCAAAAAUAUUUUGGAGAUGGAUGCUGACCUAGUUGAUUCAGAUGUUAUGGGGUUGAGAUUUGUCAGAGAAAUUGAAGAGUUUGGAUCAAGGAAAACCGUGGAAUUGUGCCCUGGAGGGAUCAACAUUGUUCUCAAUAGUAAGAACAGAGAACAAUAUGUACAUCUUCUCAUUCAGCAUAUCUACGUCAAAUCAAAUGUCAGCAAAGGUUGCAUAUUUUAA